AUGCCUGCACGGAAACUGAAUGUUCUUGAAAGGCAGGCACCUUGUGGAAAGAACAAAAAGGUGGCUGAUGUCAGAAAAGAGCCAACAGUGAUGACCCGAUCUAUGCAAAGGAAAGAGGAGAACAGGCAGAAUCUUUGUGACUCAGUGGACAGCCUUCCCAGUCUCUCUAGGAUCCUCAUCCGAACUAUCAACUUGUGCAAAUCAGCCAGAGGCCUCAGUUUAACCCAUCUGGAUAAAGUGCUAGGGGCCAAGGGCUACAGCAUGAGCAGAUAUUGCCCCAGCAUCAAGAGGCAGCUGAAGUUGCUGUCAUCCCGAGGUGCCUUGGUGAAGAUGACUCACAAGGCUGGCUCCUCAUAUUUUGUGAUCACAAAGCACCAGGAAAAGGUGGCUACUAACCAAGCAUCUGAGAAAAUUAUAGGAACAAGAAAGACAGGAGCAGAAAGAACAAACCCCCAUAGUGCCUCUGAGAAGAUGAACAGAACGGCUCAACGAGCAAAGAGCUCUGGCAUCGAGACUGCAGAGGCGAAUCAAAAAGUCCUGAGGCUCAACAGGAACCAGAAACUAAGACAACCCCCCAGCUCUGCAAAGGCAUUCCAGAGACCCAAUAAGAAAACAGUUUCUACCAUAGAAAGGCCCCACAGUUCCAGGAGUAAACCGUCCACUGGUAAAAGAGGGAGAAGGCCCAACAGGAAAGCCUCAUUUUUCCCUUGA